AUGAAUGAAGGAUGUGAUACGCUGAAGAAUACGCAUAAAGCAACAGCUUCAGAUCAUUGCACUUCAUUCGACGAACUUCUGAAAAGAAUCUCGAAUUUGAGACAAAAUCAACUAACGUUUGAUAAAGGUUAUGAAGUUAUCUCAAAUCAUGAACGAAAGUGGUGCAAACUUUUUGCUGAUUUUAUUGCUGGAAACGCUUACUGCAAUGCAAAAAAUUAUGCAUCACAUAGUGAUGAUAUGCUUUGGUACGUAUCUAUUCAACAAAUCAGUCGAGACUUUUGCAUUGGUCAAGGAGAUGGUCAGCUUCAAGUAUACAGACGUGAAAGUCCUAAUAAACCGGUGCUCAAUGAUCCUUCGAUAAACUGGGAAGAAACCGUUUGUUUAAACCUUAUCCUUCAACAGUUGGAUUUCCAAGUUACUUGUGCUGUUUGUAUUAAAACUAGUCCACAGAAUUUGCAAAUUUUGCGUAAAAAUUGUCAACGGGUGUACCCUUCACCAAGUAAACGACGGAUGGAUAGCAAGGGCGAAUGUGAAGAAAUUACUUAUCCAGAAAUUUAUUUUGCAAUAGAUGAUUUUGAACAGAUCUUUAGUGAUAUAGUUGUUCGUGAUGGUGAAUGCGUUUGCGUUGAAUUAGUAGCGAAGGAUAGAUGCAAAAAUUGUGAAGCAGUUAUUUUUCUCGGUUCAAUUCGAUACGAAGUUUUGAAGCAAGCAUACGAUACGCGAGCAUCUUUCUCUUGGCAGUGGGCACAGAAACUUAUUACUCCGAAUCAGCGACGCCGUGAAUUCGUUCGAAUGAGAGGUCCACAUGGGAAAGGCUAUGCAGAGAUGGCAGUCAUGCGUCUUCCAAAUUGUGGCUAUGAAACACCUUUGUCAGAACAGUCGUUAAAUUUUGAAGGUUUAGGACAGUGCGGGGUACGACGCAUGUCAGAUACGAAUUUAAGUCAUUACCCGCAACGAUUAAUGGUGACAUCUGGAUUAUCAAAUGGGCAUGUUGCUAGUAGAGGACGACGUUGGCAAAGUGAAACGAACACUUUAAAUCAGUAUCGAGAAGUUGAAGCUAGUAGUAUUGACGAUGUGCUAAAUGAAGGCAUGAUGAGCCGUUUGUGGUCGGUUCGAGGCUUUGGUCAAGCAUGGCAUUGGCUUCGAGAGAGGCGAAGAGCUGAAAGUACGCCACUGAAUGCUUUCUUAACGUACAUCACAUUACCAUGGUCGACAGUCCUUGACGAUUUACUUAUGGAACGACCUCGGCGACCAAUUCUUACUUUUGACCUCGGCAACUUGGAAGUAAAGUCCGAUCAGUAG